CAAAUAGGAUUAAAUGAUUUGUCCAAGGUCUCACAACUAUUAAGUUUCUGAGACCAGAUUUGAACUCAAGGAGAUAAAUCUUCUUGACUCCAGAUUUGUCAUUCUAUCCAUUAUUCCACCUAGCUGGCCUCCAAAUAUAUAUUUAAAUGAAUAAUAAGUAAAUAAAUAAAUAAAAGGUUAAUGAAGGAGGGAGAACUAAUGACUAGAGAGAAUAAGGAAAGGUAUCAUGCAGGAGAUGGUGUUUGAACUGAACGUUAAAUGAAAUUAAUGAUUCUAAGAGAUACACAUAAGGAAGGAACACAUUCCAGCCAUGGGGGAGAGAUGAUGCAAAAGUAGAGAGAUGAAAGCUUGGAUAGAGUGGGUGAAGGACAAAGAAGAAGACCAGUAUGACUGGACAUAGGAUAUGAGAAGGAGAAGAAUGUAUAAUGAAGUUGGAAAAGUAGUUUGGGGAUAGGUUGGAAAAGACUUUAAAGGCCAAACGGGAGUCUGUAUUUGAUACUAAAGGGAGAUUGUCACUAGAGUUUAAUGAGAGGGUGUUGUGGCCAGCACAAGAGAAAUGGGCUAGUGGCGAUUGAAAAUAAGGAGAUGGGGUUGCUGAUAAUUCAACAGAGCCAUUUAUUAAGAGACAUCAUGCUGCUCACAUAUCUUAAAACUAUAUGUUAUUAUGAAAAGCAUUGUUCUGUGACCAACCCUGGUUUCUGUUUUUUAUGAUCCGAAGCAUGUUGUUAGUUUCUAGGGACUCAAUCUUACAUAAAGUUCACAGUGUCCCAGUAAUUGUGCCAGGACCUUAUGUUUUCUCAUGGUUUCAAGCUUAUAUGAAAUUAAUCUUAGGAGGAGGGAAACAUCCCAGUUACCGAAGUUUCUAGCUUCCUGGGAGUUCUCUACAAGAGGGUAGGUGUGGAAAUUGACUUGAAAUGGAGAGAUUCUUGAUGUAAGGAGAAAAAUUAGGAGAUUAUUUCAAAAAACCAGAUGAGUACUCCUGAACAAGGGUAGUGGUUAUGUGAGAGAAUAGAAGGGAAUGGGUAUGAAAUGUGGCAUAGGAACAAUGAGAUUUAGCAAGCGAUUGGAGAUAUGGAAUGAAUGGUUAAGGAUAUUGGCAGAUAAAUGUACCUGAUUGACUAGAAGGAUGCAGUGCCCUCAUUAUAAGAAAGAAUCUGGAGGGAAAGAUACUUAAUUCUAUUUUGGACAUGCUAAAUUUAAAGAUACCCACAGAAUAUCCUAUUUGAAAUGUCCAAUAGACAAUUCAGAAUAGACUCCCAAAAAUAAAAAGAAGAACUAGUAUCAUAUAUAAAGAGAAAUUCAUAUUACAAAAGAUACAAGGAACAUGGUAUUGACCUCUAAAAGUUUACCAUUUCCACUGUUUCUGUUUAAUUACUUAUUUUUUCCCCCUAAAAGAUGCAUCAUGGCAUGUGGCAAGAGCAUUGGACUUGAAAUUAAGAAAUUCGAGUUCUACCUUUCAUAUGGAAUAACUGGGUGAUCAUGGACAAGUCACCUAAUCUAUUCAAGCCUCAGUUGAUUCACACUUGUAAAAUGGAAGUAAUGAUAUUGUAACUCUGAACUCUCCCCAAAUGAAUUGGUAUGUGUAAAUUGCUUUGAAAUCAAAAAAAGUUACCAACAUGUCAAUCAUGAUUAUCUUCACAGAUCAAGUUCUGUUAACAUGGGGAAAAGACAAAAAAAAAAAAAAUGCAGCUUCUUUUUUUUCAUUGUUUCAAUGUUAAUUUCUUUCUAGAUUAGAAUAUGGUAACAUGCAUUUGGAAUUUUCUUUACUAUUACAACUGAAUUCUCUCUUUUUUUUUUUUUUUACAGAAUGAAGGGAUACAUGUGUUCUUCUAAAUAUCCUCUACGACAGAAGAUUUUCAUCCUGUUUUUGACACUAUGGUUGUUCUCUUUAUUGAAACUUUUAAAUGUGAAAAGAUCCUACUUUUCUGGAAAAGGCAUAUAUUUAGUCGAACGAUCUUUAAGCACUUCAUCGUAUGUCAGAAACAGGUAUACUUUUGUCAGAGGUGAAUCCAGGUAUAAAAUUAACUGUUCCCAUAUUUAUGAGCAGGAGCCUGUGGAGAUUGGCAAGACUUUGGAGAUAAGAAGGAAAGACAUCAUUGAUUUAGAUGAUGAAGAUGUUGUAGAAAUGACAAGAGAUUGUAAGAUCUAUCAGUCCAUAAGAAGAUACCACCUGAAGCCUGUUUCAGUGGAAGAGCAAAGAUUCCCAAUAGCUUAUUCUUUGGUGGUUCACAAAGAUGCCAUCAUGGUUGAAAGGUUGAUCCAUGCAAUAUACAAUAGUCACAAUAUUUUCUGCAUCCAUUAUGAUCAGAAAUCACCUAACACUUUCAAAUUAGCUAUGGACAAUUUAGCCAAAUGCUUUUCCAACAUUUUCAUAGCUUCCAAAUUAGAGACAGUAGAAUAUGCUCACAUUUCCAGGCUCCAAGCUGACUUGAAUUGCUUAUCUGACCUGCUCAAAUCCCAUGUUCCAUGGAAGUAUGUUAUUAACCUUUGUGGACAAGAUUUUCCUUUAAAAUCAAAUUUUGAACUAGUAACUGAGUUGAAGAAACUAAAUGGGGCAAAUAUGUUGGAAUCAGUAAAGCCAAGUAACAGCAAAAAGGAAAGAUUCACUUAUCACCAUGAACUCAAAAUUGUGCCUUAUGACUACACGCUAAUGCCUGUAAGGACAAACAUUUCCAAGGAAGCUCCACCCCACAACAUUGAGAUUUUUGUGGGUAGUGCUUAUUUUGUUUUAAGCCGAGCCUUUGUUAACUAUACUUUCAAUAAUCCCAUCGCUAAAGAUUUUUUUGAGUGGUCUAAAGAUACAUACUCCCCAGAUGAACAUUUCUGGGCCACCAUGAUCCGAGUACCAGGAAUACCUGGGGAGAUUUCCAGAUCAGCACAAGAUGUCACAGAUCUACAAAGUAAAACCCGACUGGUCAAAUGGAAUUACCUGGAAGACCAUUUCUAUCCUCCUUGUACUGGAUCUCAUCUCCGUAGUGUAUGUAUCUAUGGGGCAGCUGAAUUAAGAUGGCUUAUGAAAUAUGGACACUGGUUUGCCAAUAAAUUUGAUUCCAAGGUAGACCCAGUUUUAAUAAAAUGUUUGGCUGAAAAACUUGAAGAACAACAGAGAGAAUGGGUUCGUUUAUCUUCAGAAAAAUUAUUUAUGUUUGGAAGUCCCAGGUCUGUGUCACUGUGAACUACCAUGAUAGAAAUAUUAUAAUGAAGUCAUGAUUGUUUUUAAUAAAUUUAUAUUAUAUGAUGAUACGUAGCAUCAUUAUGAUUACAUAAAUGUUAUUCUCCUAGAUUUUGAAAGAUGUUUGAUACAUGGGGAUGGAAGAGUAUUAUCAAAAGCUGGAAUACUGAUAAUCUACCUGUCUGUAUCACACCUUUUACAAUUCCACUGGAUGGAAUUUUUGUGAUCUUCAAAAUAUUUUGGUAUCAAAGGGCAAAUUAUACUAAUGAGGCAUAUCAUGCCUUUGGAAACUUCUCAUCAAAUUCAUAUAUGGCACCUUUAUAUUGACCUUGAGACCUUCAUAGUAGUCCAUGUGGUAAUUAGACACUGCUGAAGGAAAUUUGGUCAGAGCACACAAAAGGGAACAGUGCAUUUCAGAUGGUCGUUAAGCCCAGUAAUGAACAUUCCAUUCCUCUCUCAUUUCAGUUGCUUAACUUUUUAAAAAACUUUUGAAAGACUAGGAGGGAGGACUAUGUACUACCUCAGAAGAGCUGGAAGUCCAACUUCCUGCCAUAUCAUAGUUUGCAGGUAAUUUAAUGCACCUUAUACUCAGGGUGCCUGAUGGCACAUGUGUAGAGGGCCAGAACUCUGGAGAAGUAUACUUGAGACAAGGUGUUAACUCAGUGGAAUUGAUGAGAUGAUGGUUCUCUAUUAUAUACUUAAUACUUAUGGUGAUAUAAUGGUUCUCUAGUUCACACAUAUUCAGUAUACUCUAAUGAUGUAAUUGUAAUAGGGUAUUUAAACUGGGGACAAAGUCAGACUCAAAGGGAGACUAGUUGAGACUGGCAGACUGCUGAAGGAGACUGGGUGACUAUGACAGACACAUAUACUGUAAGGAGACUUUAGACUCUAUUCCGAUCCAUCCUUGUGGUGACUAUCCUGCUGAGACCAAGGCCCUUCUGGAGGACCUCCAGAAAGCUAGUCUAGACAUUACCUCCCUGUGGUGGUGAAAUGCACUAGGCAGAGUUGAAAACUCAAGGUAUUUCUGGGAUGCUGUAUACCACAUUACUCAGUGAUACCACUGAAUGGCACGACUUUUAAAAAUUCACAACUAAGUUAAGCAUUAAACCUGGGAAUCCAGGGCCAAUGUAUAGUCUUGUUAGACUAGAAGCCUUCUGUAUAUUUGGUAUGACUUGUUGAACUUGUGGAACUAUCAUGCUUAGAGUCACUGUGAAUUUUCUGCAAAAGAAUGUGUAGAAAAUGGCAGCUUUCUAAAGAAAAUAACUCACUUAUUUCACUAUGCCCAUGGCAAUUGUUCCAAAACGUGAGCUGGUGGGGCAAUGGAUUUGACAUCAGAGGACCCAGGUUUAAAUCUUGGUGCUACCACUUACACCUCUGUAUUAUUUUGGGCAAACCAUUUCGUCUUCUUGGACCUCAAUUCCCUCAGAUAUAGAAAUGGGUUAACACCUCUUAGCUGUGUGAUCCUGGACAAGUCAGUUAAUUCCAAUUGCCUCACCACAAAAAAAGAAAAAGAUAUGAAAAGGGAAAGGAGGAACUGGAUUUUUAAUUCUAAAUGAUUUCAAGUAGAUAAGUUUUAAAACUGGAGAAACUCUGUUUAUCCCAUCCCUUAGUGUAACUACAAAAUAGAAAAAAAAAAGUUUUCCAAGUGAACAAUUAAAAUAACUAAAGUUCUUACCUCAGACUUCAGUGAUAUUAGUGUGGAUAUUUCCCCACCAGUGCAUCUUCCAGCUUCUUCCAUCUAGGAUUUAGUGUAGUCUUCAUGAAAUCUGUCUCUUGGUGGUCAGUCCUCUUGUGAUAAACCUCUCUUGACUUUUCUAAAUUGGACUUAAGAUGACAAGCACAAAGUCUGUGUUUCAGCUGUGGUCAAAGUUAAAUAAGGACCUUCCAGAGUUUGUCUCUUGUUUUCAUUGACCUUUGACAACCCAGGGUCAGGGGACAACUAACUCACUCCCUUUAAUAACAUCAGAGUCAAACUGGAGUGGGAGAUUUGGAGUAACAGUGCUGAGAAUUUCUGUUCUUUGGAACUGGUUCAUGGAAUUUCUAUAACAUAAGUAAUUAAGAUCCAAUUUAUUUUUAAAUAGCUAAGAGGGCAAGAUGUUUGAGGAAAGGUUGGAGAGUCUUAUGAACAACUGGAAAUUUUAAAUGUUGUAGAAUUUAGGUGAAUGUUUUUGAGUUUUCUUAGUUUAAAAAAAAAAAUACCCUCAGAGGUAGUUAUCUAUACCAAAAAAACAAAACAAAAAUUUUUAAAACCUGGUCAGAUGAUUGUAAUGGCAAUAUUUGACUAUAUUAUUACAUGUAUAGUUUUUUCUGGGUUUUGUUUCAUAAUCAUGUGAAAUGCACUUUCAUUUAUUUUAUGAAACAUGUUACUGCUAAGCAAGAUGACAUCUUUCCCUCUUUUUCCUUCCUUUUUUUUCCCCCUCCACAUUCUCUUCCAAGCAUUUCAACCAAAUAUAGCUCAUCCAAAGCCUCUGAUCUUAAAUAAGACUAAAAAUAAGUCACUCUCAGAGUACUUCAAUGAUUCAGCCAGAGAUUCCUUUUGUAAUUAAUUAGACUAACUUAAGUGGACAUUUCCAGAUCCUAUUGAUGUCCAUGGUGGCAAUGAGAAAUAGGCAGCUGUUGAGAUAAAAUCCAAGGAAGAGACCAUUAUCGUGGGUAAAGUACUAGUCUUGAAAUCAGGACUACCUGCAUUCAAAUUUUGCUUCAGGCCAGCCAUGUGACCCUGGCCAAGAUCUAUAAUUUCUCUGGGCCUCAAUUCUUUGUCUAUAAAAUGAGAGGGAAGAACCAGAUGGUCUCUAAAGUCAUAUCUAGUUCUAAGUCUGCAAUCCAUAAUCUAAAACAGUUUCUCUCCUCUUAGAGUGAAUCUAUGCAUUGAGAAAUGUUGUUAUUUAUCAAUCAUUUUAUUGCCACAUACAAAUGGAAACACAAAACCAUUAUAGCUUUAAUUUCAAUGAUAUGUGAUUUAUUAAAUGCAAAGAAUUGUGCUGGGCACAAAAGGAUAUUCAAAGAUAAAUAAUACCUGGUCUCUACCCUUAAGGAGUUCAUAUAAUCUUGGAAGGGAGAUAAUAUCAAUACAUCUCUUUCUCCAAACCUUUCUGCCUAGGUUGGCAUCUAUUUCACAGCUUUGAUCAUAACACCCCACUGUUCAAAAAACCUUCUGUAGCUCCCAUCGCCUACCAGAUAAAGUUCAAAAAUGCAGGAGCUACCCUUUAUUUUCUGAUUGUUAAUCUUUUUUAUACAUCAGAUAAUGAGGUUGCAUAUGUCAUGUCUGGGAAGCUUUGACAGUGAGCUGCGUGAGUGAAAUUAAAUACCUUUACUAUUUCUUAAUCUGUUCUCUCUGAGCUUUUUGCAAUUUACUCUUCUGUCAUUCCAGGAUAUGGAAAAACCUGCAAAUAAUUUUGACAGGUGACCCACUCCCUCAUUCUUCAAAUAUGUCUUUAAAACCUGACUUGUAGUGAAAUCUUUCAACAUUUAUCUCUGUCCUGACAUUGCCCUUCUAAGAAUUAGGAAUGUGAGUCUUUUAAAUUAAUCCUAUGCGUAGUAUUUAUUGGAUUUUGACUAUAAGUUCUUUAAAAGUGAGAACAGGAAUUUUGUGAUUGUAAAUGAUUUAUGUAUGAGUAUUAAAUAAUGUUAAUAAUGAAAAAUGCUACUGUCUAAUUUAUAUCAUGUAAAUAAUGCCAUGUUACAAAAACUUGAUAAAUGUCAAUGUUUAUUGUUUUCAAUACUAUGAAUUGAAAUUUCUUUAUAUGUGAAAUAGAAAGUGUCCUCCUGCCCCUUCAAAUGUGACAACAGAUGUAUAUUUUGACAUAUUUCAUAAAAAAAUAAUUUAUCAGGAAUUUUGAAAUUAUAUUCUAUCUAAAUAAAUAUGUGAAGUAUUAUUGUAUACCUGUUCAUAGAAAGUAUAACCACAGAGUGACUGGAGCUUUGGUUUGCUUUAGUAUUUUGACAGGCUAAUUUCUAAAUUCUCUCCUUGUAGGUUACCUUUUCACAGAGCCCAUCUUUUCAAUUAGAUGCAUUUUGAAUACAUUGUUAGUGCAUUUUUGUAUUAUACUGCUGCUGAAUGUUAAUUUUCUGAUAUUUUAAAAUAAAAUGUAUUUGAAAUGAAUUUAAAA